CAAACUUUAAGAGCCUUUGGAAUUCUUUCAACUUUCCUUACUGAAAUUUGGUUAUUGACGUUUUCUUUACUUUUGUAUUACAGCAGAACAACGAGGAGUUGUAUGCGUUUCUCUUCCGUGAAACUUGAAAAUGUUUCAACCCUCAAACGUUGUACCUUCAGUUGUUUUUGACUUUGGAACGCACACAACGAAGGCGGGUUUUGGUGGUGAAUGCCUUCCUAGAUUUCUGUGUUGUUCAUCGGUUGGUUUACAAGAAACAUCCAUACAAAACGAAUCAGUCACAAGAAAAGCUUCUGAUUUCAUUGUUGGUGAACGUAAUUUACUUAAGAGAAUCGAAAGUACAGAGAUUGUUUCACCUUUUGACGAAAGUGGAGUAAUGGAAAACUGGGAAGCAAUAGAGGCCAUCAUUUCAUAUUCUUCAAAUCAAAUUAGUGCUGACUUAAGUACCAACUCAGUUAUGAUAGUUGAGCCUUCUCAGAAUCCGAAGAAAGAACGUGAAAAGUUGGUAGAACUUUUAUUUGAGAAGUUUGACGUGCCUUCGGUGUAUCUUUUGAGAAGUGCUAUCGCAACUUGUUUUGCGAAUGGACGUUAUACGGGUUGUGCUGUAGAGUUGGGUGCGAAAGCAACGGAUAUUACUCCAGUUUUUGAAGGGGCAAUUAUAGGAAAGAAGAGUAGUCGACUCAGUGUUGGUGGAGAUCAUCUUACUGGUUAUGUUUUACGUCAAGUUGCGGAAAAAGGUUUAGAACUAAACCCUUUUUUCACUUUUCGAAGACGAUUUCAUGAAGAAGAAUCUGUUAAAGAAACUGCUCCAAAGAAAGUAUUUGAAAGAGUGGAAUUUUCGGAUAUUCGUGAAAGUUAUUUGUGGUUUUGGAAAAGGAGACUUGCUGAAGAUAUAAAGGUCGCGCUAUGUCGUGUGAAUGAUCAGCCGGAUAUUGAUUUGAACUCCAUUCAGAUUCCUUUUAUUUCAUAUGAGCUACCUGAUGGAACAGUUGUUGAAAUGGGAAAGGAGAAAUAUGACGCGGCAGAUUGUCUUAUAGAUCCUUCUAAGGUAGAAUUACCUUCCAAGUCGCUCGUAGGUGAAAUUAUAAAUGUUAUCGAAAGCUGUGACUCCAAUCUACAUCGAGAAUUAUAUUCUUCUAUUUGUCUCUCAGGUGGUACAUCCAAUCUAACGGGGCUUUUGGAGUAUUUAACCGUAGCACUUAGUAGACGAAUGCACAAGGUGAAGUUGCUUGGAUCCAGUCUCGAAGCAGAGCGACGUUUUGCUGCAUGGACUGGUGGUUCCAUGUUGGCCACCUUUGGAGAGUUUCAGAAGAUGUGGCUUUCAAAAGCUGAAUAUGAAGAGAACGGCAAGACUUUUAUCCAUAAGAAAUGUCCUUAAAUUGUAACAAAUAAUAUUCUACGAAUACUUUAGAAGAUAAAAAUGUGUUGUGCUUUAUUAAAUUCAACAAAGUUUUG